UCGAAACUAUCCUGCAACUUGUGUACAGAUUAUUUAACAAGAAACAAACCAUUUUCCUUCAGAUCUUUUCUUUUUAAUCAGAUGAACUCCAAGCGAGGAUUGUAAAGAAACUUAAAAACAUUUGGUGUUUUGAAUUUUUUUGGAUGGAAACGGGAUCGUCUAACCCGAUGAUGGGGAGGUUUACUACGUCCUGGAAGCUUUUGGCAAUAAGCUUGUCGGUACUAGCCGUGCUAUCGCCUCUCUACAUUGAUAGCUUAUCAGAGGAAGAUCUAGAAGAGGAAGAAGAACUCUUCAGCUUUAUGUUUUGCCUCUCUGUGCUUCUCUUCUUGUUUAUUUUGGCCGUAGCCUCGUCCCUGUAUUAUGACCCGAGCUUGACCAGGUUUGAUCCUUACUGGAUUCACAGGCUAUGUGGUUCGUUUGGUGGGUUGCUUGUCAUUCUCAUCCUUCUUGUUUUCGUCUUGAUGUGCAAAGCAUCUGCUUAGAGAA